AUGCUUGAAGCCCUUUGUGAACACUUGAAGGAAAAACCGACUCUAUAUCAGGAUGAAAUGGUAGUUUUUCUGUGGGAUGAAUUUGGAAAGCGUGUCACAAUACAGAGCAUAAGCAGGGCACUAGCAUCUGUGGGAUGGUCGAAGAAGGCAGCGCGGCAGGUUGCCAAGGGACAAAAUGCGGAUUUACGAGAUUAUUAUGUGCAUACCCUAUCCUCUUUUUCGUCAUAUCAGUUGGUUUACGUGGAUGAGUCGGGCUGUGAUAAGAGGGUUGGGUUUCGCCGAACUGGCUGGUCCCCUCUUGGUGUAACACCGGUUCAGAUCACCAAAUUCCGCCGAGAUCAACGUUAUAAGAUAUUGCCCGCCUACACUCAAGAGGGUAUCCUCUUAUCACGAGUGUUCCAAGGCUCAACCGAUGCCCGUAUGUUUGAGGAUUUUAUCGAGCAAUUUUUCCACCCCUGUAACAGAUGGCCGGAGCCAAGAUCCGUAAUUAUCAUGGACAAUGCAUCCUCCCACCAGACAGAGCGGGUUAAACAGAUGUGGUUGAGUGCGGGAGUCAAACUACUAUAUCUACCGCCCUACUCUCCAGAUUUAAACCCUAUCGAGGAGUUCUUCUCUGAUCUGAAGCAAUUCAUCAAGCGUAGGUGGAAUGAGUGCGAAGAGAAUCCAGGUCAAGGUUUCGAUGCUUUUCUCGAGUGGUGCAUUGUGGUGGUCGGUGCAAGGAUGCAGAGUGCCAAAGGCCACUUUCGGCAUGUCCCUGCAGAUGCGUUGGUCGCGAAAGCUGAAGCUUACAGCUCCGUCUACCAGAUGCUCGAAGCGCAAAAGGUCUUCUCGGUAUUGAAAGUCGCAUGA